UGCAAUAGUUCAUCAGAGAGGAGGUGCUCAAACUAUCAAUGCCUCUGGAAGGUCAAAGGUCAAAGGCUCCACAAUGACUGGACCGGUGACAAAUGUGAACAUCCACAAUCAUCCAGCUGAGGCAUCUACUAGUCAAAGGCAAGGUAGAAAAAGGAAGGCUGCUGGAUCCUCUGGUGGCAAGAAAAGGGCGAAAAUGGGCGCUGCACCGUCGGGUAGUCGUCCAAAAAGAAAGCGCAAACCUGCAACAGUUCGUCAGAGUGGAGGUGAUCAAACUAUCAAUGCCUCUGGAAGGUCAAGGGUCGAAGGCUCCACAAUGACUGGACCGGUGACAAAUAUGACGACGCACAAUCAUCCAGCUGAGGCAUCUACUAGUCAAAGGCAAGGUAGAAAAAGGAAGGCUGCUGGAUCCUCUAGUGGCAAGAAAAGGGCGAAAAUGGGCGGUAAACGAUAAUUUAUUUGUCUUGACUAUUACAAAUAUUCAUCGGUUCUAGUGCAGAGUGGUGUUUACUGUUGUACUAGGUUAAUAUAAUCUUGUAAAUAUUUUGUAAUGCUUAACGAAUAUUCUUUUUUAAAUGAUUUUGAUUUAAAACUUGUAUAAAGUAGGUAAAUAAAUAAGUUCGUCAACAAAAUGCUCUGAAAUUUGUUGCAAACGUGCAUAGUUAUUAAGUAGAAUGUAUUUGAUGCAAGAAAAUGUAAAGAUGGAAACGAAAUUUAAUUUGUUUUUCUUCUGAAAAUGGUUAAUAUCCCGGAAAUGUAUCAAGCUCGCAUGUUAUUUUGUAAAAUAUUAAAUUAGGAGCAUUCGAUAUUGAAAUCUAGUCUAUCGUUUAAAGUAAUCUCAUUGGGGUUCUUUUCAUGUAAAAAGUCGAUUAAAUUAUUGUAUAAGAUUGUAAAUUAAAAUAAUUCUAAUGCUAUAUGCUAAUAUGUUAGUAAGGUGUUACACUGAAAAAACAUCUAACAAAAAUAUUGAUAUGAAUUGAAAAUUAUCUGAAAACAAAAUACGAUAUUUUUAAGGUUUUAUAUCAUGACAAGCAAACAUUACGAUGUCCCUUCCCCGAGUUAGUAGCUGAAUCUGUUUUUAUUUAAAACUUUUAACCUUCAACCUUAUCAAACAUGCAUAAACCUCAGUAAUAAACAUAACAGUCUUUCAUUUUUGAAACAUUUAUAUGCCAACUUAAUAAUUCAUGAGGUACUAUUUUUCUAUGUCGUUCUAUUAUCUUAUUUGCCAUUCCUUGUAGUACUAGUCAUUUUUUAAUCAUAUGUCAUGAUUUUUAUAAUAAAAUAGAUCAGUGAUCGCAAUGGCUGCGUAAAUUUUACAAUUCCAUUCUAUAUUUAGAUAUUUUACCCAUUUAUUCUUUCUUUUUUAUAUUUUGAAUACACGUCAUAAACGAGAAAAUGACAUGGUUACAUAUCCCACAAUCACUAUAUUUUCCAGUAAAUAUAAUGUGUCGUUCAGGGGCGGAUCCAGCCGGCUGCAGGGGAGGGGCCAUAUAGAGGGCCCAAUUCAUGAGAAAAUGUAUAAUGGCGAAUAAGCGGGGAUGGGGGAGGAGCACUAUUUUUUCUUCUCCUAAAUUACGAGGAAGUAUUUAACGCCGAAUCAGCCAGCCGGUUGGUUUAAUUUCGAAUAAAAUUGAUUUGUAAACCUUUUUAGUAAUGAAUUGACGAAUAAAUAUUUGUUUACUUUAUUUAGUUUUACCUCUAUAAUAAGAUGGAGAUCUACUAAGAUAUGUGGAGAAUUAAAAGAAGGGAUCUUAACGAAGGUAUGCUAUCUUUUAUUGGUAAUCUGGGAGUGAAAGGAAAAGACAGAGAGAGGGAUUUUCGUUCG